AUGCAAGUAGCCGCCUGUGGAAAUGCUCUUUUGGGGAAGGAUGAAGACUCUGGAUUUGGAGUAGAUGACUUGGAGCAACGCAUCUCAGUUGUCUCCAUCUGGGGUGGUGGCUCACGUCCAGAGCAACAGAAGCACUUGCGCUAUGGCAGCCACCGAGAUGCACCAGGAAGUGGUAGCUGGAUUGUUUGUGCUGCGCCCGGACGGCUAUUGGAUCUCAUUUGUGCAGAAGAAGAGGAAGGCCGUGAGCCUUUGGCCAGUGUGCGAGUCUUGGUGCUCGAUGAAGGUGAUAGGAUGCUUGAGGAGGGGCUAGGCGACCAACUGGAUGGCAUUGCCCUGCGCACGGCGCACAUGCGACAGACGCUUUUCUUUUCGGCCACCUGGCGGGAGGAGAAGGUGGGUGAGCAAGCCAGACGGUUUUGCCGUCACACACCCGUAGUGAUUCAGAUUGGCGAGAAUGGUACUAUGCAAGAAGGUAGCGUGUCAGCUUGCCCUCGGAACAUUCGGCAGAUCGUUGAGGUCUUCGACGAUGACGAGAGCGAGGAAAAGCGAGAAGAGCGAAAAUUGGCGCGUCUUCUCGAGCUUUUGAGUGCUCUGGAGCAGGGCACAAGUGAAGAAACUGGAGAUGCAAAAUGCGUGGCCUUUGGGAAAGCCUUGGUCUUUUGCACAACAAAGAAAUUGGCCGAUACAGUGGUGGCUCAACUUGCGGACAGAGGUUGCGAAGCUCUUUCGUUGCAUGGGGGCAAGGCACAGCAGGAGCGUAAUUACAACCUCGAAAGAUUUACCAGCAGCGAAGAGCAAGCUCCCAAUGUGCUUGUGGCGACCGAUGUGCUGGGGCGCGGCAUCGACUUGCCCAACGUGACGCAUGUCUUCGUGUUUGACAUGCCGGGGUGUAUUGAUGAUUACAUCCACAGAAUUGGGCGUACUGCUCGUGGGAUGGAUGGACAGGGUCAGGCAAUCUGCUUCUUUGAGUACGCUGAUUGUCUUCCAAAUCUGGCAGAGGACUUGGUCACACACCUUGAAGUCACGGAGCAACCAGUUCCACCAGAGUUGAAGCGGAUCGCUGAGGAGGUGGCAGAAGGUGGCAGGGGACGACGAGUGAAGAAAGAGGAGCUGGAACUGCCCACUUAUGGCUUGGCCACGGCAGAUGAGCUUGGCGUUUGGCAUGCCUCGGGCUACAGGUCUUGGAUGUUUGAAUCUUUGUCGCUCAAGGCCAGUGGGUGGUUCAUCUUCGGCCAUGCUGGUGUGCUUGAGACUGACCGCGGACCAGGGCAGUGGCGUCGCAUCGAGGGCUCCGACGAGAUCAUGGAGGUAGUCUUCGGAAACUUCGCGCUGCAGCUUCAGUACUUCCCAAAAUGGCAAGGCAAGAAACGGCCGAACUUCAGCUCCAUCGCCUCUGCGACCUGGCUGGAAGUAGCAGCAUCCAAGCAUGGACAAGUCACUGGUUGGAUUCAGAAGUCCAAGCAGUAUAAGUGGGUGGACCCGGUGGACAUGGAGGGUGAAGCCGAAGAGCUUCCUGAGACAGAAGGGGCCAAAGGGCCCCAGCCUGAAGCUGAUGGUCGGCUUGAAGCCCUGGAAACAGAGUGGCAAUCGCGUUUGGAAGAGGCAAAAGCGGAAAGCCGUCGGUUGCAUGAUCAAUUGCAUCGGCAGGAGGUAAGAUCUGCAGAACAGGCUCGUGAGAUUGCUAUCUUGGGUGCUGAAGGACCAUCUCAAGCUGUGCGGCGAUUACAGGGGGAAGUUGCAAUGCUGGAGAGCAAGGUUUUGGAACAGCAGGCCAUACAGUCAGCUGCUGCACGAAAGUCUGAGAUUGCCCUGAGAGCGGAGCUGGACGUGAAGAACCACGAGGUCUCCACUCUCAAGAGGGCAUUGGAGGCACGAGAUAGUGAGGUGUGCCGCUACGAAGCGGAGCUGGGCGCCAUCAUUGCGGAGCUCAACGUCCUGCGAGAAAAGCCUUGUUCUUAA